AUGGCAGCGUCGCCCGGUAACCAGAUGAUGGUUUGGGUGAUGAUCUGCUGGCUGGACCUGUCCGAGGGCGCCUCCUACGCGACCACGGUGCCGGUGAGCGCAUGCGUGGUGCUGCAGUUGUUCUUCCUGAGCGCCGCCUUCUGCUGCUCAAGACCACGCAGGAAUCUGUCCUCCGAGAACUUACAGCGGGCCAGGACGCAGUUGUCAACUCGGUGGGCCUCGCUGCUGGUGCUGGCGAGCACCGUGCUUUCGUGGGCCAGCGGCGUGGCGGCCGAGCACCAACGCAGUCGGGGCCUGUACGUGUGCUUCUCCGUCUCCACCAUCGUGCUGGGAGUGCUCAUCGUCACCCUCAGGAUCACCACCGAGGACCAGGUGCGUCGGCGGUUGCUGACCAAGGUGGGCCUGAGCAACGCGGUCGCCGACGUGUCCUCACCGGCGUGCUCGUCAGUGCUGAGCUGGUCUCGCGAUAGCCUGAGCAGCAGCAGCAGGAAUAGCUUUCCCGAUAACAGCACCGUGUCCACUGCGACCACACCAGAGGCCUCGGCGCACCGCCUUAAGGUCUUCAGCGCGGCCUUCAAGUAA